AAGCCCCUCACGGAGGCUGCUGCACAUUUAUAGAACACCUUUCCUUUGCGCUAUCCUCAGAGGAAAAGGACAGCACCCAGAAUAAACAUCAUAAUUGUAAUCACACAAGCAGGAGUAUUAACUGGACAGCUUUACCCUGAAGAGCAGUUCUGGAAGCAGGGAGAGCUAACUUUUCUCUACUUGAGCGAUGUGCAUCAGCAAUUGUUCUACUUGUUAAACGCGAUCAUUUCGUACAGUCUUGUGGUAUAAGUUGACAAGUUGUGCGUGUCAGUGGGCUCCAGCCCUGACAGGAUGGGGAAUGAGAGCAGCGCAGAGGAGAGGCGGUCAGAAGGUGCGAACACAGAAACAGUGGUUUUAUUUCCCCCUAAUGAGGACUUGGAGAGGAAGGUCACCCCCAACCCUCAUGUCCAGAGUGAGAGUGAUAGUGUUAUAGAGCAGAGAGGGACAGAAGACAACAGGGGGAGCCAAGUUGGAUCUCCCCCCACACAGCUGGGACACGAGGCACAGGAUAUCCCACAGAUCAGCGAGCCUGAGAGGACCCCGGUUUCGGCAGACUCACUCCUCCUUGCGACAGAGCAGCGCACUGAAUUCUACCCCUGGGACAGCACACAGCCUGUGAGUGCUGCAGCAGAGACAGGGUCAGUGGACAGUAGGGGGAUGAAGAAUGAGCCAGUGACAGCUGGCACACUCAGUGCUGCUAACCCCCUGCUGGCUGGGCUUCAGCAACAUGAGGACUUGCGCCCUCCUGUGCUGGGGUUACAACAGAGCCCUAUCACAGACAGCGCUAGAAGCCCAGCUCCUGCCUCCACAAACAGCAGUCCUGCACUCUCUCCCUCUGCUCUCCUGGACAGAGAGCUGGCUGAGGCAUUUCAGGAAUGCGAAGCACAAGUGGGAUUGCUCCUCAUGCCUGGUCCCCCUAAUCCCACGCUCUCGCACGAGAUAGACAAAUGUAUGUCUGUGCCACUGCCUGAAGACUCAGAUGAGGAAAUCACGAUUGUAACAGGCUGUCAAGACGGCGUUUUUCCACAUCCUCCAGCAGACGGAAAUUUGUAUAAAGGUGACCCUGGGAAAGACUUUGUGAAAGCAACUGCCAGGGAAGAGGGAGAGACCAAUUUUUCCAGUUUCAAAGAAUAUUUAACAGGCAUCACAGCUGCUAAGGAAGAUGGACAGGAGUGCAAAAAAGAAGAAGAAAAAGCUGAUAAAAACACAAGGCAGACGGAGUUUAACUCCCAAGACCCUGAUUGUGCUCAGGAAGCUUUGCCACUAGCAUUGACAAAGUCAUUAGGUUUCUAUGAACAGCUGAGCAGCAAGGGACAGCCAAACAUCUGCUCCUCGCCUCCUGCUUCAGAGAAUGGGGAUCGUCUUACUGCUCAAGAGAGAGCACCUGACCUGGUCCUGCCCACUCUGCAGCACAGCGAGCAGACAGAUGCAACAAGAGGCACAGAUGGCUGGAGCAACCCGAUAUUAGGAGGUGAAACCCUAAACUUGAAUCACCCUGAAACAGGGGGUGCAGAAAAUGGGAAAUAUGUGACCAUGGCAUCUACCAAGGCCCUGAUUGAUAAGACUCAGAUCAUGAAUGACCAGGCUUUUAUCAGUGAAAACGCAGAUAGUGGGAAUAGCCUUUGUCAAAGAGGAUUGGUGGAACCAAAUUUAUUUGAAGAGGUGUUACCAGCAACUAGCCCUGAAGUUUCAGAAAUUAAGAAGGAGGAAGGAGGAAUCUCCUGGGUGCUGGAAAAUGAGAAUGGCAAUUCAUCUGAAACUGGAACAGAGCACAGAGAGUGUAAAGGCACACAGGGGAAAUCUGAAUUCAACACUGAGUUUACAGCUAAAUCCUUAAACGCUUUAUUGAGUUGUGAAGUAAUUGGAUCACUUUCAGCUACAGAGGAGCUAACUGUGUUCUCAGCAUCCACAACAGAAGCAGAUGUGCACCUGAGUUAUAGUGUAAAACUACAACAAGCAUCUGCUAAAGAAGAAGAAAAUAGCGCACAGAUAAACACUUCAGGAACUGCUGCUUGCACAUAUGCUGCAGAGUACACCUCAGGCAUGGAAUCAAAAACAGAAGGAUUUUUUCCUGGGUUACAUUCACAAAAUGUAAGUUUUGGCGUUAAAAAUCCAAAUGCAGAUAUUAUAGAAAAAAGAGAAAUGAACAAAACUGGUAGUAAAGAAGACAGAGAAGAUGUGAGUUUCUGCAAAGGCCUAGGAGCUGCUGACAGUGUGAUAUCAGAAAUAGAAAGUGCAGAGCGUGUAGAUGACCUCACCCGAGAACAGAAUGAUUCCACACCUACAGGCGAUGCAGUCCCAUCAGAUUAUCUUGACACUUUGUCAAGCGACUCUGUUAAAGGAGCUGUGCAUCCCCAGAGCUGCACAGACAAAGUACGCCCACAGAAUGCUUGUGAUGCGACUCCUUUCCGAGCAAAUCUUCUUGUGCCAGGUUUUGGAAAUGAUACUUGCGAUGCCGAGGAAAAAUUACAGAAAGAGCCAUUAAAGCACUUUGAAAAGAACGCAAGCACUGAGCCUGCCCAAUUUCUGCCUCCUCCUGCUCCUAGAGCAGCUGCUACGGGAUCUCAGACUAUCCAUCUUGCUGCGGACAUGAGCAUUAGCGUUAGUGCUCAGACAGGUCUCAAUCAAGACAAUAUUUCCUCAGGACUGGCAUCAACCUCCAAGAUAGUGGAAAAUCAAAGGGCAUCUACAAGCUUUUUUGAAGACAGCCACAAACAUGGACUUGAGUUUCCUCAGUAUCUUGAAACUCACCAACUCACAGAAGGCCAGAGAGAAAGAGAAGAUCUAGGACUGCCACAACAGGAGCACAUGCUUCUGACUACCCCUUUUGAAACUGCUGAUCCUGAAACACAGAAGUCUUUGGAAUCGAGUUCUCAGACAGAAUACUCUACAAAAAAUCAGGAAAACAUGCAGGAAUGUGGUGUAAAUGACUCUUUCAAAAGGACUGUUGCAACUGAUGCAGAAAGCCUUGCGACAAACAGCAAAGACCCCUCUUCUAUUCCAGGUAGUGCCUCAUUACCACCGCUAACUGUCCAUGAAUACUUGCACCACCCAGUCUGUGAAAGCAGCUUUAACUAUCAUGAACUUUAUAGUGAUAAAAAAGUACUGCUAACAGCAGAGAAAUUGGUUAACGGAAAAACUGAACAAAAAGGACUAUGCUCAAAUGUUAACAAAGAAGAACCGAAGACUGAACCAGAACGGGUGUCAUUAUCCGGGCCAGGAAUGGUCCCAAAUCAAGUAAAGCUUUCAUCUGAGAAAUCGCCAGACGGUAAGAUUGAAUCCAUGUAUCCAUCUCAGCCUGGUAAAAGGGUAGAAGGGAAUGCCGUAGAUACUCUGCCAGUGGUCACUACAGGAACUAACAAAAAACAUUCAGACACAAUUGUUGAAAUGAGUAAUGAGCCCCAGGGAGGUGUAAAUACAGCAUGCAUGGUCAAGCAGAAAGAAAUAAAUACCGGUGAAAGGAAUGUGAAUAAGUCACAGAAUGGGACACAGCUCUUUUCUUCAGAGGUACAAAUGGAAUCAAAUCUGAUCAGGCAGAGUUCAGUGGGAUUAGUUGACAGUAAUAGGCAGCAAGAAACAUGUUCACAUGAAAUGCUGGGAAACGUCUGUGAGCCAAACUUGGCCAAGGCUGAAACGGAACUCUCUGUGUUAUAUUUAACUGCUGCCGAGGCUCCCAAAUUGUCUGCAUAUGACACGUGCUUAAGUGAAACCCUAGACAGGAUUGAGAGCAGUUUCACAACACAGCUAUCUUCAGGAACAGGGAAUGACAACAGAACCCAGAGCACUUCGAUGCAGAAAUCAUUGGAAAUGCAGGAGGGCACCUCCGGUCUACACACUUCUGCUCCCCUUUUAUCACUAUUUGCGUCAUUAAGCACAGGUGAUAAAAUGAGCAAUUCAACACCAGUCUCUUUUAAUGCUGUGGCUGAAAAUGAUGCCAUUUUAAAUGAUGGUGUGCUUGAAACCCUUCCUUGUCAAAAUAUUCAAUGUAGUCAAGAUCAACACCAGCAAGUCCUGGCCUUUUUAAAUGAUGAUGGCAAAAGCACUACAGACGAGACAGAACAUUGUGUUGCUGUUAAAGGAGACUCUAGGAGUGACACCAUCCCAUUGAGUAGCAGUAUAUGGAUUCCAGCUAAGACUACUGAAAUGCAUGCAGAAACCCUGGCCAGAAGUAAUGAAGAGGAUGUAUUGCAAAAGGACAGCACUUCUCCAGCUUUGUCAAAAUAUGAGGCACAUCCCAGCUUAGAUGAUAAGAAGGAAUUCCCUCAUUUUUCUAAAGGUGUCCCUUCAGAGAAUCUGAAAAGUGUCUGUGAACCUGCCUAUCCCACAAUCAGUCUCAAAAUAUCAAGCAAUGGACAACUGGAGGCAUAUAAAACUCACAAUUCAGGAGAGAACACUGAUUUCCAAACCCCUGAUGUUGAAUCAGAAUCAGCUCAACCAGCCAUAACUAUUAAAAGUGGUGCUUCUGAAACAAUCAAAGUCAGUGCUGAAGAAACCCCAGCUGAGAGCAAAACCAGUCAUCCCCCAGUCCAAAUCAUUUCACACCAGCUUCAGAACAACAUCAGUUCAUCUGCUGAAAAUGAAACAGCUUCUUUUUUCAGCGGGCAAUCCAUUGCCUCCAAUGAGUCAUCUCCUCUAUCAGAUAACAAUUUGGAAUCUAGUGACACCAUAAUGCUGUAUGCAAAACCUAUAUCAUCUAGGAAUGAUCAAUUGUUUGAUGUCAGUAGCCUUGAACUGGAGAAGGAUCUGUGGUCAGUGGCAAGGAAAAAUCAAUCUGACCUCCAGCCUCUCACUGAAAACAUAGAAUUACAAGAGAGGAUUCUGGCAUUAAAGUAUGACACAAAAGAGAAUGAAUGUGGUCAAAGCCUUUGUGAACAUAUUGAGUCAGAAGAUGUUCAUGAUGACAACAAUCAAGGUGACAUUUCCAUCUCAGAGGUACUGCUGAAUUUACAAGAUAGGCAAGACUGCCUGGAGGUUUCAAAGCAACAUGAGACUUUAUUGGAAUUCGGAUAUGUUGCUAAACAAACAGACUCAGAAUCAAAUGAAUGUAGCAGAGAGUUGCAAUCCUGUAAAAUCCAAAUUGCACAGCAGAAUGUUAAUGUACAAUUCACUGUUCUUGAAUCUGUUCAGGCCAGUCAAGUAGGAAAGGAAAUGCUUUCUUUAAGCUUUGCUAAUGACACUAAAGAGAGUGUUCACAUUGGUUCCCCUGCUGCCAAAGAAGCUAUUUCAGGAGGAUACAGUAGUGUGUCAGAGGACAUAAAACUCAGUUCAGACUUCAAUGUUUCAGCUCUGCUGACAUAUCCUACAGAGGAGGAGCUGAAAGCUGGAAGCUUUGUCCACAAACUUGAAGAGAAAAGUUGUGAGUUCCAACUUCAAACUGCAGAUCCUGUCAUAUUAAACCAAGACCAAGAGUGUGAGAAAAUACCAUUGUCAGUUUUCAGUGAUGAAAAGCAGCAGGGUUUAGGGUAUUCUCAUGAAAUAUCUGUGAUAGACAAUACACAAUACACUCUAGACAAUACUGGAGACAUACAGAAAACUGGUUCUCUUGAAGACCCAAGUGGCCUUUUUAAAAACAGUAACAGCUCACAAUACAGUUCAAAAGACUUAGUGCAAACACAAAGAAGGAAUGGGAGCAUCUGUGUUGAUGCACAGGAAAUUGUCAAAGAGGAAACAGAUGUGGAGAUCAGAUCUACAGCAAUGCUUAAUGCCAGUGAGUCUGUUCAGCUUUCUUCUGAAUUUCCUGACACACUUUCUCCAGUGCAAGUGGAUUUGGAAUGUCUUGUGGUUCCGCAGUGUCUGCUGGAAAGUACCUCCACAAUUCAGGGAAGUAAGGAAAGCUUGAAUGAUGGUGGGGGAAGGAUGCCGCCUCCAGAGGCUCUCGUUAUUCCAGGAACAUCAGCAGAAACUCAAGACUCUAGUCAUUCUAUGAACAGUUUCCCACAUAUAUGUCAAGCUACACCUUUCCUUGUAGAGACAGUUGAUAAUACUGAACAACACAGCUUCCCAUAUCAUGAAGCCGCCAGAUUGAUCCAAUCUACUCCUGAAAAUAGUGAGUUUCCAUGUAUGGAGGCUCAGGAUAGCAGUCAAUCAGAGGUGAAAGAUGACUCUCAUUGGCCACCUGAAAGCAAACUGACAGGGGCUGCAUCUGAAACUAGCUUGUUCAAAGACAAACUGUCCAGUGAGGAAGAUGCACAACUUAAAACAGUGAGCACUAAGGACACCGAGAAGCAGAAAGCCUGCACAGCGAUUAGUAUGACCCCAUUCCCUGAAGUUAAUGCACAAGACCUUAUCAUCUCACAGGACACAAUGGAUCAAGUGUUUCAACUGCCGGAGAGAGUCUCGCAUAGUAUCUCAAUUCCUGAAAAACAGCAGGAUGUUACCAGUGAAAAAGAUGGCCUGGAACAGGGUUCAGAGAGUCAUAUUAUUAGCAAGCAAGAGAAGCAGCUCACAGAUUCUGCAGGAGACAGUGAAGCUGUCCCUUUAAGUUCUGAUGUAUCAAACAACUCUGACUUGCCAAGGCUCAUAGAGACCCUGGUCCAAGAUGAAACCCAAUUGUCUCUGGGCCUUCCUGCUGGUGAGAAGAACCUCUCUGCUGCCAGUAAACUAUCACCUCUUGGGCUCCAGGGAGAUGGAGUUGAAGAGGCAGCACACACAGAAUCCUGCCACUCUGAUAAACACCUGGAGAGGGAACAAAACUGUAUGGAGCAGGAGAAUGUUACAACUCUGACUCCGUCUGUUGCACCUCCACAUGAACUCACUGAGAGCCCACUCAUGUCAAACAGAAAUAGCGACCAGACUCUGACAGGUAAAGAAUCUACGCCAGAUGUCCCGCAGGAGUGUGGACACUCUGCAUUUCUGUCUGGGCUGCAGGACAGGAUGGAUGGUGCAGCACUCAGGUGUGCCCUUAACAAAGAGGCAUCCACGUCUCCUGAGAAAGAGACUUCCCUGCUGGUACCUAGCCCUCCAGAAGAACUCACCCUGCUCCCUCCCCGACCUGCGCAGAACUGCACGGAGACCCCCUCCCCCCUUCUGCCCCAGACAGAUGACAGUAAACAACAUCCUGCAUCUUCUGUGCCUGCACAGAAGGAUUACUCUGAACCCUUAACUCCUGAGCAUUUUACAGAACAGUCUUCCUGUUUUCCUGGACUGACACUAGAACCCAGCCCAGAACUGCCUGUUGUCUCCCCAUUUCUGAUACCAGAAUCCACCUCAGAACUCUAUUCUGUCCCCCCAGUUCUAGCACAAGAACCCCUUCCAGAACUGCAAUCUGUAUCGCAAGUUCAGACAUCAGAACCCAGUACAGAACUAAGCUCUGUAUCACAAGUUCUGAUACCAGAACCUAGUCCAGAACCGUGCCCUGUCCCCCCAGUUCUGACACCAGAACUUAGCCCAGCACUCUGCUCUGUCCCCACAGUUCUGACACCAGAACCUAGUUCAGAUUUACACUCUGUCCUCCACGUUCUGACACCAGAACCUAGUACAGAACUAAACUCUGUUCCCACAGUUCUGACACCAGAACCUAGUACAGAACUAUUCUCUAUCCCUCCAGUUCUGACACCAGAACCUAGUUCAGAUCUACACUCUGUCCUCCCAGUUCUGACACCAGAACCUAGUCCAGAACUAAACUCUGUCCCUCCAGUUCUGACAACAGAACCUAGUCCAGAUCUACACUCUGUCCCCCCAGUUCAGACACCUGCACCCAGUGCAGAACUGUGCUCUGUCCCCCCAGUUCUGAUACCAGAACCUAGUACAGAACUGUGCUCUGUCCCCACAGUUUUGACACCAGAACCUAGUCCAGAACUGUGCUCUGUCCCCCCAGUUCUGAUACCAGAGCCUAGUCCAGAACUGUGCUCUGUCCCCACAGUUUUGAUACCAGAACCUAGUCCAGAACUCUGCUCUGUCCCCACAGUUCUGACACUAGAACCUAGUCCAGAAUUAAACUCUGUCCCUCCAGUUCUAACACCAGAACCUAGUCCAGAUCUACACUCUCUCCCCCCAGUUCAGACAUCAGAACCCAGUCCAGAACUGUGCUCUGUCCUCCCAGUUCUGACACCAGAACCUAGUCCAGAACUGUGCUCUGUCCCCACAGUUUUGACACCAGAACCUAGUCCAGAGCAGUGGUCUUUCCCUCCAGUUCUGACACCAGAACCCAGCCCAGAACUACACUCUGUCCCUACAGUUCUGACACCAGAACCCAGCCAAGAGCUGCCCCUCUACCUCCUUCCUUUCACUGUUGAGAGCUCUGCAGACCCUUCUUCUGUCUCCCUGCAGGACACUUGUGUCAGGAGCUCGGAUUCUGAAGGAGCGUUUGAGACCCCUGAAUCCACCACCCCAGUGAAGGCAGUACCCCCACAGCUCAUCCAAGAGCCUGAACCCCAAGCACAGCUCUCCUCUGAGGACACAGGCUUCUGCUCAGACUUUGCCUCUGGCCCUGAUGUUACUCUCAGCGAGCCGGUCUCUGAACCCCCCUUCCGUCCACCCUGCCGAUCUUUCUCCAGUGUCUUUGAUGAGGACAAGCCCAUAGCCAGCAGUGGCACCUAUAACUUUGAGAACCUUGAGACUGUUGACCAAUUUCAGAUUUCCACGCUUUUCCCUGGUUCCCCAGACCAGUACAGCUCUGAUCCCAAGAAUCACAGCCGCCGGAGGUCCACAGACUCCCUGCCAGUCUCCAGGUGCCCCUUGACUCGUUCUCUUAGCCUGCAGGCAGGGGAGUUCGACGGGGCGGGGAAGGAGGACGUUUCAGGACCGGACAGAUCACAGCUCCGUUCUGAGGCCUUCAGCGUGGGGACAGAGAGUGCACCCGGUACACUCAGAAAGACCAAGAAGCCCAGGCCUGCAUCUCUGAAGAAGAGACCCUCAGUCAAACAGAAGGUCGAAAGUCCUCCACAGAGUCCUCCCGAUGAGAAGAUUGUCCCUGACUGUGGCCUUGAGGGCUCUGGGAAGAAGAAAGCAAAACCAAGGCCCGAGAGUCCACCCCAGAACCGAGAGGAAGAGAGUUUAUCCCCUGCUAGCUCGGAGGUAUCUGUGAAGAGGAAGACCAAGACAAAACAGAAACCUGAAAUCACUCCCAAGACGGCCGAAAGCAUCACUGAAAUAGAAGGGUCUGGUGCCGAGACAGUAAAAGCAAAGUCGGAGGAGAUACAGUCUCUGCCUCCCCCUGAGCAAGCCUGUCCUUCAGCCAGUCCGCCAGUCCCAGACGAGGAUCUCCCUAUACCUCCCAAAGCCACAUACAAGUGGGACCCUGACAACUUUGAGGAGAUAAAUCCAUUCUGCACAGGAGGCAGCAAAGUACCCAACUCACCUGUUGCUUGCAGGAAAGGGAUAGCAUUCAGUGCAGCUUCUGAACCUCCCGAGGCUCCAGACAAUCCUGUUCCUCCUGCAAGCAUAGAGGAGACUCCUCUGAACAAGCGGCAAUCAGUCAGGCUGGAGUUUGACUACUCAGAGGAGCGUGAGAGUGGAGAGACGUCACGGGACGGCACCCCUCCUCCCAAGAGACUGGGAAAGAAGCCGGGUGCCAAGAUGCCUCUAAGGAAGCCAAAGUUAGGGGGUAAAAAGCCCCCUGCAGUGGAUAAUGCUCCGCCCCCACAGUCCACUGAUAGUGAUGAGAUCCCUAUCCCAAAGGUCUCCUACAACUUUGAUCCCAGCAAGUGGGAGGAUCCCAACUUCAACCCUUUCUCCUCAAACAAUGCCAUCCCCAAUUCACCCAAGCAGAUCCAGGGCAAUUAUAACUUUGACCUAGAUACUUUUGAUGACUCCAUUGACCCAUUCAAGCCAUCAAACAAGUUGGGGAACUCUCCUCCUAAGAACUCUGCCUCCUUUGAGGUGCCCGCCAAUGACAAUGAGACAAAUGGGAUCGACGAAGCCAAUCAAAACAAGCCUGUAAAGAAAAAGAAGACUCCAAUAAAGACUAAUACAUUCAGAGUGAAGAAGUCCCCAAAGAGGUCUCCCCUGUCAGAGCAGUCGUCCCAGGAUGCCACGCCCCUAUCCACGCCUGAUGCCCCUCCUGUCAUCCCCUCUGAGGACCAUGCCACCGAUGAGGAGAAGCUUGCCUCCUCCUGCAAUCAGAAGUGGACAUUUCAAGGGGUGGGGACAGAGCUCGACUUGGACACACAGGACUACCCCCAGCCCUCCGAUCUCUCCACCUUUGUCAAUGAGAACAGCUUCCCCUCGCCAGCUGAUGUGCCAGACUAUGAAAUUGAGUACAUGGAGAAGAUCGGCUCUUCAGCUUCACAGACCCUCUCUUCAGGGAAGAAGCCCCCUAUGUACCUGAAGCUGGACUCUGUGAAGGACAGCCCCUCCAUGGGCUCAUGUGUCCGGGCAUCUGAGCCCUCUACCCCCUGCUCAGGGCUGAGUUACGAGGAGGUGGAAGCUCAGUUAUCCAGUGGGGUGAAGUCCUCUCUCUCUGCCAAUAUGGUCCUGGAUGUCAUGUCUGCUGAAAAGAGCAAUAACCAAGAGAGCGAGCUGCUGAGCUCAGCCACAGCCAGCGACAGAGAGGAGGUGACUCCCCCCGAGGAGCUGGCAGACCCUGACUGCACUCUGUUAGAUAGACUGUCCCUCCACACGGAGCCCAGUGCACCUCUCCACUACCUGGAGCCCGACCUGGCUGAAACCAACCCCCCAGUCUUCGCUCAAAAGCUGCAGGAGGAACUAGUGCUGGCAGCAAUGAGGAUAGAAGCCCUGAAGGUAGCCAAUCAGAUCUCCCAGUCCUCCUCACGCUCCUCUGUAGACAGCGAGCAGAGAGAAGCCCUGUCCCCAGCAGACAGUGCAGUGUCCAAGAGUUCCCUGUACUCCAGGACAGGAUUCAGUGAAGGAGAGGGAAGCCCGUUCAAUGCCCGGGAUCUCGACCAUUCAUUGGAAAUUGCCAGGGAAGAGAUUGUUGCCAAGGAGAAGGAGGUAGCUGAAUGGCAAAGGAAGUAUGAAGAAAGCCGACAGGAAGUGGUUGAAAUGAGGAGGAUAGUUGCAGAAUAUGAGAAAACCAUUGCACAGAUGAUAGGCAUGCCUGAGGACGAGCAGAGGGAGAAAUCUCUGUCCCACCACACCAUCCAGCAGCUGAUUAUGGAGAAGGAGCAGGCUUUGGCUGACCUGAAUUCAGUGGAGAAGUCCUUGGCUGACCUGUUCCGGCGCUAUGAGAAGAUGAAGGAUGUAUUGGAUGGGUUCCGCAAGAAUGAGGAAGUGUUGAAAAAGUGUGCGCAGGAGUAUCUGUCCAGGGUCCGCAAGGAGGAGCAGAGAUACCAGGCCCUGAAGAUCCAUGCGGAGGAAAAAUUGGACAAGGCAAACUCAGAGAUUGCCCAGGUACGUGCCAAAGCCAAGCAGGAGCAGGCAGCAUAUCAGGCCAGCCUGAGAAAGGAGCAGAUGAGGGUGGAGUCACUGGAAAGGACCCUGGAGCAGAAGAACAAAGAGAUUGAAGAACUGACAAAGAUCUGCGAUGAACUCAUCUCUAAGAUGGGAAAGAGCUAACUGCCACCCCUUCUCUUGGACUCUUUCCAUUUGGGGUGGGGAGGAGACAAUCAGGAGAGGAAGAUAACACCAUAUCAUCUGUACUUCCACAGCUGGCAAGUUGUGAGCACUGAAUGGAUGUUUUCCCGUAGCCAUCUGCACUACUGUAUUUUGUAAAGGAGACUGUUGUGUAAUGCCCAUGGAGAGGAAGACCCACUUUGAUUUUUGUUUUCGUAGACUUCAAAUUUGUAGCAAGUUUCCUGCAUCAGGGGUCUUGUGAGGUGCUGGAAUGAAUACUGUGUUGCUGACACUGGCACCAGGAGCCCUGAAGUCGGGACACCCUGCCACUGCCACCAAUAGUGCAGGACUUUGGAAAGGCUUGGCACAGCCUGCACAGUGAUAUCCCGCAGCAGUUCAGAAGACAUAGGGCUGUGAGAAUAAAAAAUGAACAAAAUCCUAAAUGCAUGUCUUAGAUGAAAGAGUACCUUCUUAUUGUAAAUAAAAUUUUGGCUGACAAAAGGAAAAAUAAUUGCAAUUUUGGAUUUUGAUACGUCUAUCAAUUCAACGGUUCAUGUACUUGCAGAUAAAUUGUGUUUAUGCUUUCUUUUUAAAAUCUGGGAAAUUUCUUUUUUAUUUUACAAUAUUUUUUUUUUUUUUUUGGGGGGUGCUGAGUGUCUCAGUCCUGCUAUUAUUGAUGUAACAUGACUUGAGAAGGAAUCCAAAGAGGCUUCCAGCUGGUUUCAAGCACCUGCUUUAAGUGCAAUAAAUAUGGCAAUAAA